UACAGCCGACAUCAAGACGGACCACUCGAAUCAAAGAUGGCGUUCAUCAAGUUAUUUAUAGUUUGUCUGUCUGUUGCGUACAUCCAUAGUCAGGCGAUCAACCAGAACAACUACGACGCGUUUUAUGACUUACAAACUGGCACCAACAAGGUGAACGAAAGCGUCAGCAUUUAUGUGCCUUUUACUGGAUCUGGGUGUAGCUCCGUUGGGGUUUUAAAAAUCGCCUUGUCCAAGGAUGACCUAAGGAAAAAACGUGUCUUGGUGGACCUUUUUAUGACAAACCCAACAGGAUGGGUUUUCGAUUUGGGCGAUUCGGAUACUAACAAUGGUUACGCUGGUGAUGCUAUGACCCAGAGUUCAGAUGCCGAAGUUCAGGGGUUAAAUGGCAUCCUGUCUGCAUACAACAGCGAUAAUGGUGGCAGUGGCCUCGCUUUCAGUUUGACCUACAACUACGUAAACCGGUUGACGCUGGUUGCUGGGGACAGUCAGAUUGUGUUCACCAAAGAUGGCGACCCCACCACGACCAACUACUUCAACAGUCCUGGUCUUUACGGUCUCAAUGGGCAGUGGCAGUGCGAGGGCACCGUCAACUAUGACCUUUACUUAGGGGUCAACGGGGUCGUGUAUGGGGCCCAGUACAAUGGACGGACAGGAAGUGGUGUUUGCAAAGUUGGCAUCAAAAUACUACCUCAGAUUUAAAACAUUUCAAGAAAUUAUUCCAGAAAUUCAAAGAAGAAGAAAAUUCCACUCCAAAUGUAAACGAUUUUAUCAAAAUCUUACCCAAAGUUUAAAUGGUUAAAAGUAAUGAAAGUAGAAUAAAAGAAGCAUACUGAAACCUU